CUCCUUUCACAAAAAACACAAUUCCACGACUAUCAGGUUUGGAUUCGGUCUUACUCAGUAAACCAUCACUUAUUGCCUUCCAAAUUUGGACCGACACCAUUCUUUCUGACUUGCUGCUUUCUGGUUCUUGCUUACUUACCAGGAGAGUGUGCAUUGAACUUUACUGUCUUAAGAUGGCUUGCUAGUAAAAUGGAUUCUUCAAGAGCAAAGGAGGUUCUCAGGGGGCUUACCAAUUGCAAAGUGAACAAAGUUUGCCCUCUGGUUUUCCCUGACAUGAAACACGUCACCAAGGAAUGUAGCAACACCAUGCGAAACCAGACAGAAUGUCGUCAAGCCAUGGAGAGCUAUGUGUCUCACUUACAGAAGCAGAGCCUCAUUACAAAAUUCAAAUAUCAACGCUUGCUAUGAAGCCAUGGAUUGCUCUACAACGCUUGCUAUGAAGCUGCGAAAUUCAAAUAUCACAAGUGAUAUUUAUAGCCUUUGUCACAUAACUCUCAAGAUUUCUCACUCCAAGUUGCAAGAGAAGAAUCUGGAUGCCUUCUGCCAAGUUUGCCCUCUGAUGCAACAUUUUUAACCAGUCUUUUGGGAUCAGCUUCAUCUGUGAUCUGAAAAACAAUAUUCCAGCGCCAUGGCCCAUUUCUUCACAGUUAUCAGCAUCGUCAUGCAAUAAAAGUACGGUUGACUAGUCACUUUGGGAUUGGAUCUAUCUUUUGGUUCAUAGGACAUGACACUUUGGGGUAUCACAUACCCAGGGUGAUCUUUCACCGUACGUGUGAUCUCAACGGCUCCUGAUUUUUCCUCGUUAAAUCACUUAUUAAUUAUAACAAUAAUUACCAAAACCCUCUUACAAUAUAUAAAUGUUUGCAAUUUAGUCUAAUUAA